AUGCCCAGGAGGGCAGAGAGCUACGAGGAGAGGAGCGAGCGGCGGCAGGAGGCGCGGGAGCGGCUGCGGGGCAGGGUCAAUGCCACCUGCUGCAGGGCCACCGUCACCCCGGGCCGGGGCACGGCCGCCAGCCCCCGGCAGGCCGAGUUCCUCCGCAGGAGAAACCUGGGCCCCGAGGCCGGGGGGGCCCUGCCGGGACAGGGACGGGCGCGCUCGCCCAAGGAGGACGGCCACAGCCCCUCCUGGGGGGCAUCGUCCCCACGCUGUCCCCUCGCCUCCACAGGGACACAGACCCUGCCCGGCUCGGCCGUGACGGACUCCAGCCAGCAGACAGACUGGGGAAUAGCAGUUUUAAACAAGGAAAUGGUGCAGCUCUCCAACUACCUGAAGGAGGCCCUGCACCGUGAGCUGAUGCUCAAGCAGAAGAUGGUGAUUUUACAGGAGCUCCUGUCCACCCUGCUGCAGGCUUCAGAGAAAUCCUGGCAGGGCCAGCUGAACGAGGACAAACUGAGGUGUAAACUGCGGGUGCUGGAAAAUCAGCUGCAGGCCUGCAGCCAGAGUUACUCAAAGGAGUGUGUGAAGAAGAUCCUGAUCGAGAUGGAGGACCAGAAGCAGACCUAUGAGCAGAAGGCAAAAGAGGCUCUUCAGAAGAUGCUGGAGGAAAAACUCCUAACAGAGCAGCAGCUGCAGAACUCUCAGAGAAGCCUGGCAGAGAUGCGAGAGGACCUCGCCCUCUGGAAGGAGCACAAUGCCACACUCAGAGCCGAGCUGACCAAGGAGACCACAGCACACACCGAGCUCAGAAACAGCUUCCAGGCUCUGCAGAGCGAGCUGCAGCGGGCGGACGCGCAGAGCCAGCGGCAGAGCCGGGAGCUGCGGGCGCUGCGGGACGAGCGCACGGAGCUGCUGCAGACAGCCAGCGCCCUGCGCAGCGACAACGACCUCCAGGCCGGCCUCAUCCGCCGCAUCCGAGAUAAAUUGCAAAAAGAACAAGAGCAGAAAGAGACACUGGAGGCAACAAUCAGCCAUUUGCAGAGCGUGAUCCACAACCAGAACAACCAACAGAAGAGCCAGGAGGUGACAGUGCAAAGGACAGACCAGGUUUCCACCACACAGACCCCACCUCUCACUCCUGCCAAGGAGAAACAAAACGCUCUGUCAGAGCAGCCCGAGGAGGAGGAGGAGGAGGAGGGAACAGAAAGUCUGAAGGAUGAGAUGCAGAAAAGGACACUCCAGCUCACAGCAAAGGAGAACGAGGUACCCGAGGAUGCUCAGCAGAGCCGUACCCAGCUGCGGGUGAGGCGCUGCAGCCGCUGCAGCAGCCCAGCAGCCCUGGGGGCACACAGAGCCCAGGGGACCCCUCCUGCCGACAGCCCCUCGCUGUGCCCGCAGUGCUCGGAGCUGCGCUCGGAGCUGGAGGCGCUGAGCCAGGAGUACCAGUGGUGCCUGACCCGGCUGCGGCAGUGCCGCGACGAGCUGAACCGCUCCCAGGGCAGCCAGGCUCAGAGACAGCACGGCCCCUGGAUCCCUCUCCUGGUGGUAGUGGCAGCAGUGGCCGUCGCCGCCUUCCUGGCGACGUACAGCCUGUGA